GUUGUCCAGGCCAAAGUCUUGAAGUGUGAUGAGGAAAAUAAGAUGCUACGUUUAUCCUUCAGAGCCGUUACUGAGGGAGACGUAAAAGAGGCGCAGACUGCCAAAUUUGACUUUGUGGUUGGAAAGACGGUCGAAGCAAGAGUGUGCCGCAAAGUCCUGGAUGGUCUGGAGGUCUCCAUUGUUCCUGAGGAGGUGCCAGCUUUCAUACCCACAGUGCAUCUCUCUGACCACGUGGCCAACUGUCUUCCCUUGUGGAUGGCGCUGGAGGAGGGCAACACCAUCUCUAAUGUAAUGUGUCUCAGAAAGACCAAGAAGAAGGGCAUUAGUCUCACUAAGAAGCCCCUCCUGAAGGCCUUCCUGGAGGACGAUGGCAUCCCAAAAAACUUCUCUGAGCUCCAGGUGGGGAUGCAGAUGGUCGGCUGG